AUGGGCGCGGUUUCUCCCGCCUUGCGAUUAGCCGCGUCGCGACUACGACCGUUCAGCCGUCAGAUCAGUCUCGCCGUCGCGUUCCCGUUCAUCUGGAUGCUCGUCUCCUCCGUCACACGAAACGACCUCGCCGGGACCGAGCCGUUUGUUGAAGAGAAUCGAUAUAAGGCAGUGCCUAUAACGGGGCCGAAGAUCCCUGUGACGAUCGUCAACGACACACUCGGCGGCUUAGCGGUGUGUCUGGACGGCACACCGCCCGGAUUCCACUUUCAGGCAGGGUCAGGGGACGGGGCUAACAAGUGGGUCAUCUUUCUCGAGGGUGGCGCCUGGUGCGAUUCAGUCAGUGAUUGCUACAACCGAUCGCUCACCAAGCUAGGCUCGUCCAAUCAGAUGCAGCCAUACUCUUUCAUUGGCAUUCUCUCUCCCAACCCUGCGAUCAACCCUGAGUUCUUCACUUGGAACCGUGUGGUGGUGCGCUACUGUGACGGCGCUUCUUUCUCGGGGAACAAGAGCUAUCGCAUCAAAGUACCGGGGACCAACAAGUUCAUCUUCUUCAGAGGCAGCCACAUCAUGCGGGCGAUCGUGAGCCAUCUCCUGCAGCACCACAACCUGCGGGCGGCAUCGCACGUCCUAUUCGGGGGAGGCUCAGCUGGUGCGCUGGCAGCCUUCCUGCACUGUGAUUGGUUCGCCAGAACAAUGCUGGAGGAGUCCCAACAACCAAACUCCUCCCUCUCUUCUACUGCUCCUGCUGCUGAUGGCGCUGCUGGUGGUACUGCUGGUGCUACAGCUGGUGCUACUUCUACUGCUUCUGCUGCUGCUUCGUCCUCACCCUCCUCAUUCGCCUCCUCCUCCUCCUCCCCACCAUCCCCGGUGGUGAAGUGCAUGGGCGAUGGGGGCGUGUUUCUGGACACCAAGGACGUGGGAGGGCAGCACGAGAUGAGGAAGCUAUUCUCAGCUGUGGUCAGAUUACAGAACGUGUCGGUGCACCAGGGCUGUCUGGAUCUUCUGACCAAUCGCACAGCGGAGCGAUGGAAGUGUUUUUUUUCCCGAGUAUUACCUCCCGCUGCUGCACACCCCUCUCUUCAUCGGCAACACACUCUACGACUCCUGGCAGGUGAAUUAUUCUUUCGCCGUCCCAGCAUCCUUCAAGUCCCAACAGUGGGACGAUUGCCGCGUGUCACUGAAGGAUUGCCCCGGACAACUACUUCGAAAGUUUCAUACCUACCGAGCCGAAAUGGUGAAGAAGCUUCAGCCUCUGAUGCAGGCUCGGGUCUUAGCUUCGGUGCCGAACCUGUGGCAGGCAGCAGGAGAGCCAGGCUCGGGACAGUCAGGGCAAGAGUGGGGCAGCAGAUGGUUGCAGUGGUGGCUACCUGGUGGGGGAGGGCCUUGGUAUGUUGCAUGCACACCAUGGUACGUUGUGUGCAAACUGUACUGUGGUAUGAUGCAAAUGUCAAAUGCACACCAUGGUAUGUCACAUGCACACCAUGGUAUGUCACAUGCACACCAUGGUAUGUCACAUGCACUCCAUGGUAUGUCACAUGCACAACACCAUGGUAUGUCGCAUGCACAACGCCAUGGUAUGUCACAUGCACACCAUGGUAUGUCACAUGCACACCAUGGAAUGUCACAUGCACACCAUGGCGCUCUGGGAGUCAUGGCAUGGGACUCGACUUUAUAGGCACCUCAAUAGUCACCAUACCUCCCUCUCUUGCUUUGGAUUCCACUCUCCUUGUUUCCUUCUUUCUCUGCAAGCGCUCUGGGAGUCAUGGCGUGGGACCCGAGGGCCAUUGCUAUCAAACCAUGCGCUCUGGGAGUCAUGGCAUGGGACCAGAGGCCCAUUGCUAUCAAACCAGUCCAUGGCUCAAGCUGUUGCAGAUUGGUUCUUUGAAAGGCGAGAAGUGA